AUGUCCUCGUCGCCUGGAUGUUCUUUAGUGAGCCUCCUUGUCCCAAAAAGAAAAUUUUUGACCUAUGAGGCUAAGCAAGUUAUCGCAGCUUUCAUAUUUUACAUGGUAACCCGAGAAGGCAUGUUCUAUGCUACACUUCGACAAGCAUACUUUCUCUCGCCUCUAUAUGCCAGCCGUAUUUCGUCGAGGACUGUCUUAUUCAUGGCGGUCCCUAAGGCCCUUCUCACUGAGUCUAAGAUGACGAAGGUUUUUGGAAAGUCUAUCCGGCGGAUCUGGAUUACCAGAGACUGCAAAAAGCUGGAUGAGCUAGUGCAGAGCAGGGACAACUUGGCGUUGCGGCUUGAGCGCCUAGAGACAGAUCUAAUCAAGUCUGCAAACCUGGCAAGAUCUAAAGCGAUGAAAAGGCAGAAGAAUGAUGAAGAAUGUGCAGCUGAUGACGGAGCCCGCCCCGAAACCACAGGCUGCGAUUUUGAUUCCGUCCCUUGGGCCAAGAAAGUGAAACGACCCACACAUCGCCUUCGCUAUUUCACAGGCAAAAAGGUUGAUUCCAUUGAAUGGUUGCGGUCCGAGCUUGAGAAAGUGCUUCCGGAAGUCGAGAAACUACAGAAGAAACAUCGAGAUGGGGGUGCAAAGCCAAUUCCUGCUAUCUUUAUCGAAUUCGAUUCGCAAGCAGCUGCGCAGACUGCAUAUCAAAUGCUGUCCCACCACCAGCCAUUCCAAAUGACACCCCGUUAUAUCGGAAUUACGCCUCAACAAAUUAUCUGGCCUGCCUUGCAAUAUAGCUGGUGGUCCAGAAUUGUGCGGAAAUUCCUGGUCCAAGCGGCUAUUACUGCCCUGAUAAUAUUCUGGUCGAUUCCUUCCGCCUUUGUCGGAAUGAUAUCGAAUGUGGCAUAUCUAAGCAAUCUCCUCCCAUUCCUUAGCUUUAUCAAUAAACUCCCCCAAGUAAUUCAGGGCGUUAUCAGUGGGUUGCUUCCCGCUGUAGGACUUGCUUUGCUGAUGUCACUGGUACCCGUUUUGCUCAGAUUUCUGGCACGACAAUCAGGACUUCCAACCACCGUCCACGUCGAAUUGUUUACGCAGAACGCCCACUUUUGCUUCCAGGUCGUGCAGGUAUUCCUUGUAACGACGCUAACCUCCGCAGCCUCAGCCGCAACAAGCCAAAUUAUCAAGGAUCCCAUGUCGGUGAAAGAUUUACUCGCAAAGAAUCUUCCAAAAGCUUCAAAUUUCUAUAUUUCCUAUUUCCUUCUUCAGGGUCUAGUCUUGAGUGCUGGUGCUGUGGUGCAAGUGGUGGGAUUUUUGAUUUUCAAAAUAUUCGUUGCAUUUUUUGACACCACUCCGCGCAAAUUGUAUGAACGAUGGACAUCAAUGAACGGAUUGCGUUGGGCUACGGUUUUCCCAGUUUUCACAAAUAUGGUCGUGAUAGCAAUUACCUACUCUUGCAUCGCCCCUCUUAUUCUCGGGUUCUCCUCAUUCGGCUUGUACCUAGUCUACCAAGCCUACCGAUACAAUUUGCUUUUCGUCUACGACUCUGAUGUUGACACCAAGGGCCUAAUCUACCCGCGUGCACUUCAACAAGUAUUAACAGGCGUAUACCUCUCCUCCGUCUGUAUGAUUGGCUUAUUCGCCAUUAAGGGUGCCAUAGGACCGGUGAUCAUGAUGGUCCUCUUCAUCAUAUUGAUGAUUCUAGCGCAUAUAUCCUUGAACGACGCACUGCGCCCACUCCUGUCCGCACUUCCCCGUACGCUCGAACAAGCUGAAAGGCUGGGCGAUGGUGAUGAUGACGACAGCAACAAAGACAUGGGUGAGCAGGACGACAGCGCAAGCAGCUGCCAAGACGAUGCAACAAGCGAGAAAUCACCCAUCAGCCCAGCAAGCGGCAGCAACGAAAUUCCCAGCCCAAUCUCCAUCUCCUCCAAACUCAAGCGCGCAACCCAGACAACGAUAACACUAGCUGAAAUCACGCGAGCAGGCACGUCGACCGAAAUUCCGGCCUUCCCACAUCAAAAACCCAGUGCUCUGCAAACGAUUCUGCGCAAAUUCUCCUACUUCAUUCACUCCAUCGUACAGCCACAUAUUUACAUCGAUUACUCCACGCUACGUAAGCGGAUCCGGCAGGGCACGCCAAUCGAGUACUCAGACGAAGUGGCGGACAAUGCAUAUUACCCGCCCUCAGUGUGGAGUCCGACGCCGCUGCUGUGGGUACCGCGCGAUGCGGGAGGGAUUAGCCGUCGCGAAGUGGAGUUAACGAGCCGUGUGACGCCGAUGACGGAUGAGGAGGCUCAUCUGGACGAGAGAAAUAAGGUAAAGUGGGAUGAGGUGAAGAGUCAGCCUCCCAUAUGGCAGGAGAAGGUAUUUUAUUAA